AUGGAGGCGCCAUCCGAAGUCCCGGAGGAAUCGAUCGAGGCGGCGCGUCGCCUCAAGCGGGUCCGCGCGAACCUCUGCCUCCUUGACCGCCCCUUCGCGCGCCCGUCCGCGGACUACGACGCCGGCCUCCGCGGCCUCCGCCUCCUCGACUUUGUCCGCCUCGACCUCCCCUCCUCCGGCGUCCCGCGCCCUGACCUCGUCGCCGAGCUCAUCGCCAAUUACUCCUACAGCCGCGCAUGGAGCUCCGUCCGUGGCAAGCAAAUCGAGGUCUCCCUCAAGUCAUUCGCCAAGGCGCUCUGCCUGCCUCCAUACGGUAACCCGGCUUACAGAGUCGAGGACGACGCUGCCGUGACCUUCGCCUCCAGAGAGUUCGUCAAGGUUUACAUCCAGCCGGAGCGCCUGCCCAGCACCUUCUUUGUGAGGGAUGUGAACUGCGACGCAGAUUAUAUGACGGCGGUACUCUGGGAGCUAGUGAAGCAGGAGAUGGAUCACCUGAUCGAGCGCGAGAGCACCGACUGGGUGAGCUACUACAGUGCGUUCCUACAGAGGCUCAUCUGGGUGGAGAGGCCGGAACUCUUCCACCUGCCACCGGCAACUGCACCAGCGGCAUUGUGUGUCCGGAAGGAACAUGGAAUCGAUCAAACAACAAUCCACGAGAACCAAAAGUGUUGCUCUGAGUCUGACAUCCAUAGGGCUGAAGUGAGCUCCGAGCAGAUUGACAUGGCAUACAAGAAGAUUGAUUCGCCAUCUGAGAAGUUUGACACAGCAUCUAACAAGAUUGAUGUGGUAAGCAAGAUGAUCGUUGUUGCUCCUAAAAUGAUCGAAACCACCUGUAAGAGGCUUGACGUGAGAGAAAAACAGCUUGGCGAGCAAGAUGGCGACGUGCAAGGGAUGGCGUCCCUCGAUCAGGCAAGGGUUACCAAGGAAAGAGAAACCAAUGACGAGUUGGAACGCGCUCAGAAGAUACUCAUAGAGGCCUUGAAAAAAACCAAAAAAGGCCGGGCGCAUAUAGGUGUCAAAAUGAUGGGUGAGCUCGACACUAAAGCAUUUGCAAAUGCUUUGAGAGCAAAUGUACCACAGGAGGAUGCAAAAUUUAACUCUGCUGAUUUUUGUUCAAAAUGGCAAGCUGAAAUUGCAAACUCAAAGUGGUAUCCUUUUAGGAAAGUCACGAUUGAUAGUAAACCAAUGGAAAUUAUCAUGGAGGACGACAACAAGCUCCGUGAGUUGAAAGACCAGAAAGGUGAGGAAAUCUACGCCUUGGUGAAGAAGGCGCUAAUUGAGAUCAAUGAGUAUAACCCCUGUGGACGCCACCCCGUGCAUGUACUGUGGAACCAUAAGGACGACAGGAAAGCAACUCUUGAAGAAGCCCUCCAGUACGUCGUGAAACAGUGGCAGUCGCUCAAGAGGAAGCGCUGAUCUGCGGGCUAGGGUGUGUCCUGCUUUUGCUUUCAUGAAACUUGUAUGCUGUGCGUUGAACUUGACCUAAUAUAGUUCUAGCGCUAGUCGGUUAGUUUAAGAGGUU